GGCACGGCAGGUGUGCGGGAGCGGCGCCCGAGGCGCGCAGGGCGGGGAGACGCGGCCGCUCACCGGGCCCAGCCCCGCCGGGCGCUGCCGCUGCCGCUGCUGGGAGAUGUAGUUUGUCGCGCCCUCCCGCCCAGCGCCAUGGCCGUCCCGGGAGUUUGGAACAUGUGAGGAGCUGCCAGAGGAAUCACUAAUAUUUUCAUUUCUGCUUCUUCAGCUCCACCUAUUUUUUUCUGUCCUGGAGUUUCAGCUGUAUUUAAUAAGGUCUGGAUGAAGAUGGAGACUGGAAGAGUCAAGAGAUGAAAUGGGGACAAGUGCUUGACCACUGGAGGCUGGUGGCACAGGAUGUGGGAAUGCACCAUGGAGAGAGCAGUGGCUUCCCUGCUCAGUUCCAACCGCAGAAGACAUUGUGAGGACAGACCAUCAAAAGUAAGUGUGACGCUCGUUGGUGCUGGACGCAGCCUGCUGUGGGACAGGCAAUAUCACGCAGCCAAGAUGGUGGCAUUUAAUUGGAAGGCUUUGGAGAAUUUCCCAUUGCUGAUGUACAUUUUGGCAGCUAAAACAUUGAUUCUUUGCUUAGCCUUUGCUGGAGUAAAAAUGUACCAGAGCAAAAAAAUUGAAGAAAAACUGAAGAGGGAACGUGAAGAGAAGCAGAAAACAGAAGCAGAGAAGAAGUAUGAUUGAAGAGUCUCUCAGGAAACCCUUCACAAAGGCUUCACCCUUGUUUUACCAAAGGAUACAAGACAGGAAAGACUGACAAAUCCCUGUGACACAAAUUACUUCCUCUUGAGACUUCCUCAUUGCUAAAAUGGAUGGAAAGCAGGUGAUUCUGUACCUGGUCCCAUGGACUCCAUUGCAGAUUAGGGAUGGCAGAAGACACACCCUACCAAUGAAGAAGUAUUGCAAUGUGGCCCUAAACCUGCAGCUGCAUAAGCCAUGGCAGCAGCGACCAGUAAGGCUGAGCUGCAGUGAGGCAGCAGUCCAGGACUCUGCUCUGUUUAGGUCUGGUCUUGUUCUUCUUUAUUGUGAAUUCAGAACGCAGCAAUGAAGUCAUCGGGUUCAUGCUCAUUUGACUGUGGUGCACUGUUACUUCUCCCCAGUAGUGUAGUCCAGCGUCGCUGGGUGAAGGUAAACAGUCAUUGGGGUUAUGAGGUGUGCAUCAUUUGUUUCUUAAGAAAACCAGGCUACUGUGCAAUUACUGCCUAUCCUUGUGGUAAAGCAGCACCAGAACUAUUUCUUUCCUUACGCUGAUUGCACACCACUUCAUAUUCUUUGAUAUUUAGUGGAGCAAUUGCUGCUUCAAGCCAAUGUGAAAUUACAUUCGGGGCCAUGAUACUAGGACAAUAGCCCCUCUCCAGUCUCUCCCUUUCCUCCCUGCCCCCUCUUUCCUCCUUGCAUUUGAAGCACCUAAUUUUCCAUUCUCUGCUACAUCCAUAUUUGUCAAAAAAAGAGCAGAUGCUUUCACUGAUGAAUAUGGAACUGAUAAAAGAUGGUUAUUUUUCUCUGUAUAUUCACAUCUCAGCUCCAGAGAAUUCUAUGUGUGGAUUCUUCUGAAGGUAGAUGAGACUCCCUUUUUUAGAUAUCUCUCUGCCACACCAAAUUACAAUGCUCAUCUAGUUGGUUUCCACACACAGGAGAAAAACUGCACAGAUUUGUCUCAGUGUAUGGAAAUGUUUUAGUGAACCUGUGAAUCAUCUCAUAACUUACUUCUUUCAUGUUUUUAUGGUCUUAGUUCUCUUAGAAGUACACAAUAAACACAUACCCAGUAAUGAAUAACACAGGGAAUGUAAAUUGGGAGCCACUUUCAAAAAAAAAAAAAACCACCAAGAAAGUGUUCAAUGAACUUGAAAAAAACUGCUGUUAAAAAAUACUUCUUUGCAUCACUCAUAAAUAAUCUUUUGAAUGCAAUUAUGUGAGAAAUCAUUAUAUCGCAGUAAUCAAUGUCAUGGAUAAAGAAAAUCUCCAAUGAUGAGUGCCAUAUUUUAUCCUGAGAAACUGAACUCUUCAUGCUAAAGCCUGAACCAACUACUAAUUGUUAGGCUUCAGAAAGGAACUUCCCUUUUAGAAAGAUUUCUUUUACCUGUCACAGAAAUGUUUAUCGCAGACCACUUUGGAAGCAAGGUACUCGGUGUAGUGAACUGCUGAGCUGAUGGGAAAGCUGCAUUAAAUUAUUCAGAGGUCUGAAUCUUUUUCAGAAAAUCUGAAUAUUCUUUAGGUCAUGAAUUCUAGUGUCAGUCAUGGUCCAGCAUAUUACUUGCUCAGAGGCAGAUCUCCCAUUGGGGUUAAAGACAGGGUUGACCUACCAAAUUCAUUUUGCAGCCCAGUCUUUCUUGAAAUUAAGAACAUUUACAUCUGAGGCAUGGUCUUACAACUCCCGUAACAGAGGAAUAUGUGCAGAAAGGUGGCUGAACUGGAUCUUAGGCAUGCUUUGGUCCAUUUUUGUGAAAAGGCAAAUUAAUUGUCCUUUCCCAGGGCAAGCAUAAUGCAUAUCAACCUACUAAUGGAAUACACUUAAUCUACACUAAAUACACUAAAAUGUAUUUAGAUUUGGAUUUAGAAUUCUCUCUUUUAUAAGCGCUGUUGACAUGGGGUUUUAGGUUUAUACCCUUUGAAAGAAAUGGCUCAGCAGGACUGCAGCAGGGUAAUUCAUUCAACACCAACCAAAACACAUCUGAAGCCUGACUGCAGGAAGAACUGUUUAAGAAAGUGUGUCAAGAUAGUAGUUCUCCCAUCUCUUCACUCAGUUUUAAUCGCUACCUUCCAUUUGUUUGGGGUCAUCUUCUCUAUUCCUUUAACGAUCAAGUCACUGAAUAGGAUACACCUAAAGGAGUGGGUCCUCUGAACAGACCUCAGGGCAAAGUCCUUCCUGUUUUUUAUAAUAAACCAUUUCAAAGAAGACCAGGUGACAUUCAUGGGAUAGAGAUAGUUGUAAGAUGAAGACACAACCAGAAGCUUAUGGCCAUGGGCUCUAGCAACUUCAGGGUGACACUCAAUGCUGCCCACGUAGACCACUUGUGGGACUGGCAGCAGAGUUCCUGUCUCCAGCUCCUUGUCUUCUUUUGCCCACACACACAUCAGCUGCCUUUUAUCCCUUGUCACAAUUACACACUUCCCACAGGACGUGGUCAGAGAUUCACACAACUCCUGAAAGAUACCAUUCUGCUGGUGGACGGGCAGCUCAUCUCUUAAUAAAAGUUUUUACCGGAGGCAGGGCACCCACACUUGGCAACUGCCAGUGUGAACAAGUGUCCAUACUGACCAGCACAGGCUGGCCUCCUCAGCUAUUUUUUUCUCCUGUUAUAAGACUUUCUGGAAUAUCUGCUUCCCCUAAAAAAAACAGUCCUGAAACCAUUGAGCUGCAGUGUCCUCAAAGCUCUCAAAUACAGCAGGCACUGCCUUUUUGAAAUAGCAUCAAAGCAAACCCUGUGAAUUAUGUGCCUGAGGAGCAGAUUUGCGAAGUGCUGUAUGUUGCUGUCUCAAGGCUCAUGAAGGAUGUUCACAGAGCUUGCAAUGUGCCCGUUGCCCUGGCAUUACUCUGCAGUGUCACACCCAACCAGCAUCAGCACCAGCAGGAGCUUCCAGGUGGCUGAUCAGAAGGCACCUUGGAAAGCAAUAGCCCCAUCAGGCUGGGUACGCUGCAGCUGUGCAGCUAGCAGCUUCUGGCAUCAGGACCUUGCUCGUCUUGAACAUUGUGGUUCCUCCUCUCACAGCACUGGGUGGGUGCUUGGGCCCUGUGUACGUGUGUGGGCCAGUCACGCACUGCCAAAAGGAGCCCAGAGGGAUGGAGAUGCGGAUGAAGGAGCUGCUCAGAGUCAGCACGGAGAGUGAGCCACACCAGAGCAUUGAGACCAGUGGUAGGAACCAUUCCCUCCCUCCUUGGCAAGCAUGCGGCCUCAUGGAAGAUGCAGCCUUAAAAUUCUGACAGGUGGAGGAGGGGACUGAACCCUGGGUGUCUUGUUAUGGGGGGCAGGAGGACCUCUGGACCCCCACAUGAGCCUCCUGAUGGGCAGGUUCAGUCCCAGCAGCAUUGCGAGGUGCUGCCUGGUGCCCAACAGCACAGCAGCCUGUGCAAGGUCCACCAUGCUCAGCCUGCCCAGCUUCAGGCCUUAGAGAGGGAAGAAGUGAGUGAUACCUCAGACAUCGCUUCAGGGUGAAUUAUUUUUAGGAAUGAUUUGGUUUCUAGAGACCUCAUAAGUUCCUGCUUUGUGCAGUCACUUCUCUAUUUUGUGCUGGCUGUACCGACGAACCGCUGAGGCACCCGCAUUGAGCCUGACACCAGCACCAUUACACUCUACAAGGGUGAGCAACACCAUUAGGGGGAGAAAGGAAAAUUUCUCGUGUGCUGUUAUGUGAACACACAGGCUGAAGUGAAGGUCAGAGCAGAAGGCUGGACAGGUACCAUCCUGCUGCCACGGCAAAUCAAACAGGGGCACAGGAGCACAUGGCCAAGUGAGGGCUGCGGCUGCCCUGGGAGAAGGGAACAUUCAGGGGAAGGGGUGUGGGUGUGUGCACGCACUGAGGGCAGCAAGUGUUUGGCUGGGCAAGGUUGUGGAGCAGAAGCAGUGAAAACUAUUUUGACUUAUCUGGUUUCUUACCUGUCCCUCCUCCUCACUGCAAAUGCGCACACAGAAUUUUACCGCAGGAGCAAGCUUGUCAGAGCAAGACUGUAAAACUGCUCACACUUAGCUGUACCUCCAAGACUGGGAGUGAACACUGGCAGCAGUAUCAGUUGGGCUGAACAGCACAAACAUGUCAGUCUUUGAUUACAGCAUGCAUUUCCUUGCCCACCUCUGAAUCUGAGACCCCCCCACAGUCCAUGUCAUCCCGUCUGGAAGAGGUUUCUUUCCCCCUAACAGAGUGGGAAACUCUGAAGCCAAAAAAUGUCUGAAGAUGAAUAUGGCCAGUGGGGUCUAACUCAGCUGUCUGAAUGCUCGCCUUAGCAAGGCUAAGGCAAAUAAGUGACGGGGCACAUCAUGUUAGUAGCAUCACAUGGAGAGCAGAAGUCUGAAAUUUUGAUAUAGAAAGGGUAUACCCCCAGAAAGAAGCCCAUAUAGUUCGUUAUCCAGGUGCAAAAUGGUGGGAGAUUCAGACUGCACAUAUCAAGGAAAAUCCUUAAAUAUGCAGUACGUAUUCAUAUGAAAUUACAUAAUAUUGAUUCAUCUCUGUUGGCAUUUCACACUGCGAUACACCUUUCUCUUCUAGUGUUAGCUUUUGUCCUUAAUAAAUGUAUGCCAGGAGCAUAACCUGA